AUGGAGAAUUUGAAUGAGGGGGAGCAGUUUUAUUAUGGGCCCGUUCUUUCUGCUGUAACGGGUCCGAUUCAAGGCAUUCAACGGAUAGAUACACCCCAAUAUUGGAAAUGGACUUCACUACCAGAGUCAAGGUUUCCAGAGGUAGCUGAGCUCAUACAUGUUUGGUGGCUUGACAUUCGGGGCAAAAUAGGAGCUGGGAUGCUGUCACCUCGGACAUCCUACACAGCUUACCUUGUUUACAAGCUGGAAGAUGAAUAUGGUUUUGUUUAUCGGCCCUCAGAGGUUCCAGUUGGAAUUUCUGGUGUUGAAGUCGACGCGCGAUUAGCAUUUCUGGUGCCUGAGGGUAGACCUCAACGUUGUGAUCGCUUUGAGGAGGUAGAGACCCGGGAAUCAGAUGAUGAUUAUGAGGUUUUUACUCCACUCUCUGAUGUGGAUAUGGAGGAUGCUUCUAGUGUCAUGCAAUCUGAUAUUCACGAUUGUAUAGAAAUGAGUAUGAAAGAGGUGAAAGACUGUGUAUCUCAUAAGGAAGGCCUUAUUGUUGAAGGAAUUGAGAUAAGGCCAAGAAUAGGUUAAUUAUAACAUAUUUUUGCUAUACAGCUACCAAUUACCAUGUAUUUCAAAUAGAACAUGUUUCUUUUUGCAUCACUCAUCUAUUUCAAGUAUCUUUUGGUGCUA